UAUUAUAAAGCUUGUAAACUUAUUAUGUACAUCACAAUAUAUUCAUACCACAUUAUGACUCAUAUAAACAAGUAACCAUGGAAGGUCUAUGUAUUAAAUCGAUACGAAUCCCCAAACUAUUUACACGUUGUUGAAAGAAACUUUUGUCAGUCAAGUUGUCAGCUUUGAGAUGGAAGGUUUAGGCACAGAUUUGGUACUACUUUCGAAGUUACUCAAUCCGCCAAAAAGCGGAAACGAAUCCGACGAUGAAGAAGACCGCAAACAAUCAAAGUCAAAAUAUUUGAGCCCGAGCGAUGUUUGCGAGAUCAAAGCGGAAAAGAAACCAAACGAAGCUGAAACCAGAAAACCUGAAAAGGUAGAAACUGAAAAUAUAGAGGAGUAUUUCAAAGAAGAAACCGAUUCGAAUCCCCAAAACGAUUGGAAGAGAACGCCCAAAUGGGAAGUGUCUUAUAGACAAUCUGUAACACCUUCCGAUGUAUUCCUGCAGAUGGGUGGAAAAACGCCGACGACAGCUAGUUGCGAGAAUAUGAUCAUGAAGAUUCAUUUGCCAGGGGAAUCCAGGCAAAAUAUUGACCUGAAAGUGUUGAGGACGAAUUUGGAGGUGAACAGUGCCAAGUUUUACUUGUCGAUUCCGCUACCGCAACCCGUCGAUCCGCAAUUGGGGAACGCUCAGUACGAUGCGGAAUCCGAAGACCUCGUGGUGACCUUGGUCAUGGAUCGCGAGUUUGAUUUUGUUAAUUUUUAAUACAAGCAUGGAAAAUGGA